CGACGGCCACUGGGGCGCACGGCGGCCGCGCCUGGGGUACUAGUGAGUUACUUUCUCUUGGUCCGUAUUGCCAAACUGAACUCUCUGGUCUUCUUGCAAGAUGAAAGGAGACAGCCAUGAAUGAGCUACUAGAUGAUUUUGCAAAUGCCUCUGAUUUUCCUGAUUAUGCAGCUGCUCUUGAAAAUUGCACCAAUGAAAAUAUCCCCCUCAAGACGCACUACCUCCCUGUUAUUUAUAGCAUCAUAUUCCUGGUGGGUUUUCCUGGAAAUGUGAUAGCCAUCUCCACAUACAUCUUCAAAAUGCGGCCCUGGAGAAGCAGCACCAUCAUCAUGCUGAACCUGGCCUGCACCGACCUGCUGUAUCUCACCAGCCUUCCCUUCCUGAUUCACUACUACGCCGGUGGAGAACACUGGGUCUUCGGGGACUUCAUGUGCAAGUUCAUCCGAUUCGGCUUCCACUUCAACCUUUAUAGCAGCAUCCUCUUCCUCACCUGCUUUAGCAUCUUCCGCUACUUUGUCAUCAUUCACCCCAUGAGCUGCUUCUCCAUCCACAAAAAGCGAUGGGCCGUGGUGGCCUGUGCGGUGGUGUGGAUCGUGUCGCUGGUGGCCGUCAUUCCCAUGACCUUCCUGAUCACAGCCACCACCAGCACCAAUAGAUCCGCCUGCCCUGACCUCACCAGCUCGGAUGACCUCACGACCAUCAAAUGGUACAAUCUAAUUUUGACCGCCACCACUUUCUGCCUCCCCUUGGUGAUAGUGACGCUCUGCUAUACAAUGAUAAUCUACACCCUAACUCAAGGACCUCAGACGCACAGCUGCCUGAAGCAGAAAGCACGCAGGCUCACCAUUCUGCUGCUUCUAGUGUUUUACAUAUGCUUUUUGCCCUUCCAUAUCUUGAGGGUCAUUCGGAUCGAAUCUCGCCUGCUUUCCAUUAGCUGCUCCACUGAGCAUCAGAUCCAUGAAGCGUACAUCGUUUCAAGACCGCUAGCUGCCCUGAACACCUUUGGUAACCUGUUACUGUACGUGGUUGUCAGCAGCAACUUCCAGCAGGCUGUGUGCUCCAUGGUAAGGUGCAGAACAGGUGGGGACCUGGAGCAGGGAAAGAAAGUCAGUCAGUCAAACAACCCUUGAAACACUCCAUAUCUUCUGCCAGCAUGAAAUAUUGAUAAUUUAAUUAUAACUUCUAAGAAGUCCGGACUGUCUUCCUCAGUGGAAUUCUCAGUCAAUAUUGUGCACUCAGGUCAACGUGUCCCAAAGCCAGGGCGGGGCUGCUGUGAGUUCUUUGCAAUCUGUUUAUUGAGAUCUCCCCUUGGGUAGAUAUAAGAAUGGGAUACACGCAUAUCAGUAAAGAAUUCAGAUGCAGAGUUGGAACCAUGGGAACUCAGGGCCCUCUGGGAGGACUCUAGUCUCACCAGCUUUAUAUAUAUAUAUAUAUAUAUAUAUAUAUAUAUAUAUAUAUAUAAUUACACACACAUAGUUGCACAUUAUUGUUGCUGUUGUUUAGUUGCUAAGUCAUAUUUGACUCUUUUGCAACUCCAGGAA